AUGGAUUCCAUUGUUGCUCUUCAGUCAUUUCUCAGUGAGCAUUUUCGGAUUAAAUGUCUUGGUAAUCUUCGUUACUUUCUUGGAAUUGAAGUAGCUUGUUCUUCCAAGGGUAUAUCUAUUUGCCAACGGAAGUAUGCUCUAGAUAUAUUAUCUGAUGCUGGUGUUCUCGGUACUCGACCACUCAAGUUGCCGAUGGAACAAAAUUUGAAGCUUCGAAUGGAUGAUGGUCAGCCUCUCUCGGAUCCUCUCCCUUAUCGACGUUUGCAACAUGCAGCUCACCAAGUUCUCCACUACAUUAAGAAUGCACCUGGUCAGGGACUCCUUUUUCCCUCCAGCUCCUUUUUUCAUCUUCAAGGUUAUACUGACUCGGAUUGGGCCUCCUGCCCCAAUUCUCGCCUCUCCAUUACGGGCUUUUGCAUCUUCCUUGGAUCCUCAUUGAUCUCAUGGCAUUCAAAGAAGCAAACCGUGGUCUCUCGCUCCUCCGCUGAAGCUGAGUAUCGAGCCAUGGCAACUACUUCUUGUGAACUACAAUGGUUGUCUUAUAUUUUACAAGACUUGCACAUCUCGGUUUCACUUCCAGCUGAUCUCUAUUGCGAUAAUUAG